AUGUCUACAAUGGAAUCCACCAACGACGAAAACAACGGGAUCCCCUCGGAUCCCACAAGAGCCGCAACAGACCACAGAGAAGACCGAGGAUCCUCACAAACUGACAACAGGAUCGAACUAACCGAAUCAGCCGCUUACCACGUUCUGGGCUACAGCUACCCCGUCUGGCGAAAAUGGCAGAUCCUCUGCGUUAUGUUCUGUAUCCAGAUAUCAAUCAAUCUAAACGCAAGCCUCUAUGCCAAUGGCGUCUCAGCUAUCGCCCAAGAACACAAUGUCAGCGAACAAGUCGCCCGAAUUCCACAAUUGACUUUCCUCUGCGCCUAUGCCUUCGGAUGCGAGCUCUGGGCUCCAUGGAGUGAAGAACUCGGCAGAUGGCCAACCCAGCAACUCAGUUUGUUCCUCGUCAACAUCUGGCAAUUGCCCUGUGCUCUUGCCCCCAACUUUGCAACUUAUAUCGUGGUUCGUCUGCUUGGGGGACUCAGCACAGCUGGUGGCUCGGUGACACUAGGUGUUAUUGCGGACAUGUGGGAGCCCGAUGACCAGGAAUAUGCCGUUGCAUUCCUCGUGUUAUCGUCUGUUGGAGGCUCGGUUGUUGGUGCGGUCGUCGGCGGGUUUGUGGAAGCCCGUCACCCAUUACCUUGGAUAUUCUGGGUUCAACUUCUUGCUGGAGGAUGUGUCCAGAUUAUGCACUUCUUCCUCGUGCCUGAGACAAGAGCUACGAUCAUUCUUGAUAGGGAGGCGAGGAAAAUGCGGAAGGCCGGGCCGGGGAAUGUUAAUAUCUGGGGUCCUCAUGAGCUUCAUGGCUUUUCCCUCUCUCCGCGAGAUAUUUGGACAGUAUGGAAACGGCCUUUUGUUAUGCUUCUCACAGAGCCUAUUGUUUUGUGGCUGUCACUGCUAAGUUUUCAGCCAAUCUACAAACAAUGGGGCUUUGGGACGAUUCAGAUCAGUCUCGCCUUUAUACCACAAAGACGACGCAAGCUAGGAUCUGAAUCUGUUUCCCCUGAAAAAAGGCUGUGGUGGCUGCUCUAUGGUCAGUGGGGAUUUUCAAUUUUGGGCUCGUACUCAAUCUACCAAUCAUCCAUCGACUAUACAGUCGCUGCUUACGGAGAAUAUGCAGCAUCUGCAACAGCAGGCAAUGAUUUUGCUCGUGAUUUUCUUGCAGGGAUUGCAGCUAUGUAUUCCACUCCAAUGUUCGAGAACAUUGGCCACACACAUCCGUACGAAUAUGCUUCAACCAUUCUUGCUUGCAUCUCGAUCCUUGUUACAACUCCUAUCUACUUCUUCUACCGAAAUGGUCCUGCAAUUCGUGAAAGGUCACCGUUUGCAAAGAUCAUGAUGGAAAAGAACAGAAAACGUCGACUUUCUCAGGCUAAACGAGGUGAAAAGAACGGCGUCAAUAACACUCAUACGGAGCACAUUGAAGGAGAUCCCGAGUUGGCGCAUUAA